GCGCGAGCGGCGCGGCCGUUAAAAGCCUUCCCGCCCUGGCGCGCGGGGCCGGCGGGCCGGGCGGCCGCGAUGCUGGAGAAUGGCUCCCUGAGGAACUGCUGCGAGCCGGGCGGCCGGGCCCGCCUGGGCUUGGCGGAGAGGGAGGCGGCGGGCGCCCCGCGGCCCGCCUGGGUGGUGACGGCGCUCUCCAGCGUCCUGAUCUUCACCACCGUGGUGGAUAUCCUCGGCAACCUGCUGGUCAUCGCCUCCGUCUUGAGGAACCGCAAGCUCAGGAACUCAGGUAAUGCAUUUGUGGUGAGCCUGGCUUUGGCUGAUCUGGUGGUGGCCUUGUAUCCAUACCCACUGGUGCUCUUAGCUAUUUUCCACAAUGGAUGGACUUUGGGAGAAAUGCAUUGUAAAGUGAGUGGCUUUGUGAUGGGACUUAGUGUAAUAGGCUCUAUUUUCAACAUCACUGCAAUUGCAAUAAACCGAUAUUGCUACAUCUGUCAUAGUUUUGCCUAUGACAAGGUGUACAGCUGUUGGAACACGAUGCUAUACGUCUCCUUAAUCUGGGUGUUAACAGUAAUUGCAACUGUGCCAAAUUUUUUUGUUGGCUCUUUGAAGUAUGAUCCCCGCAUCUAUUCAUGCACAUUUGUUCAGACUGUGAGCUCCUACUACACAAUAGCUGUUGUGGUAAUUCACUUCAUCGUCCCUAUCACCAUUGUGAGCUUCUGCUACCUUCGAAUCUGGGUUUUAGUGCUUCAAGUUAGGAGACGAGUCAAGUCAGAAACAAAUCCAAGACUGAAGCCAAGUGACUUCAGAAACUUUCUUACCAUGUUUGUGGUUUUUGUGAUUUUUGCCUUUUGCUGGGCACCUCUAAACUUCAUUGGACUGGCUGUAGCCAUUGAUCCUAUAGAAAUGGCACCAAAAGUUCCUGAAUGGUUGUUUAUUAUAAGCUACUUCAUGGCCUAUUUCAACAGCUGCCUUAAUGCAAUAAUAUAUGGACUUCUUAAUCAGAAUUUCCGGAAUGAAUAUAAACGAAUUCUAAUGUCCCUGUGGAUGCCAAGGCAUUUCUUCCAGGAAACAUCCAAAGGAGGAACUGAUGGUCAGAAGAGCAAGCCUUCUCCUGCUUUAAACAACAAUGACCAAAUGAAAACUAAUACAUUGUAAAGGCAUAAUACUCAGCACAAAGGUUUGUCCUGGAGAAGCCCAAGAGUAUAGUUGCAAAGUUUUUCUCAUUCUUGCUUACUCGUGGGGUCUUUCCAUUUGGAUGGCACCUUCUGACUGGAAUACUGUCUUCUUGAUAAAGCA